AUGCGAAAGAAGGCCGUGCGUGCGGCUGCGGACGACGUGCCGAGCCCUCCCGCGGCGCCUUCGACGCUGGUAGAAAGCGUCGUGUUUGACGAGUAUGCCAUUCGCGCUUGCCUGCAUGUACACAAGCGUACAUGCACCUACACACACCCGCCAGGCCGGAAAGUAUACCAACGUGGCGCACACAUCAUCUGGGAGGUGGAUGGCGCCGACGCCAAACUGUACGCACAGAAUCUGUGCCUGUUUGGCAAACUGUUCAUGGACCACAAGACCGUGUUUUACGACGUGUCGCCCUUUGUCUUCUACAUCUUGACCGAUGCGACGAGCCAGUUUGAUCAUGUGCUGGGCUUCUUCUCGAAGGAAAAAGUCUCGUACGAUGACUACAAUCUCGCUGUGAUUAUCGUAUUUCCACCAUACCAGCGAAAGGGGUACGGCACCUUGCUAAUGGAGUACAGCUACUAUUUAUCACGCUGUGCCAACGUCGUAGGCACACCGGAACGACCCUUGUCUGAGCUGGGGUUAAAAGGGUAUAUUGCUUUCUGGUCCGCGCACUUGGUCCGUACGCUGCAAAAGGCGUACACGCCAGAGGGCGCCGACAUUCGCGCCAUCCUGGCCGGCACAUCUACGACGCUAGCCACGCCCCAGCGGCCCAUCGUCAAACGGCGGCGUGCCCAACGCGGAUGGGCCGGCGAAGAACGCGCAGAAGUCGCGCAGCCCCCGCCUGCUCUGGCCGCCGACGUGCCCUGGCCGACCCAUACAACGCUUGCCCGCCUCGCUACCGCCGCGGGCCUACGAUGA